AUGGGUUUGGAUUUCUUGGACAAUGGUUCAAUUUUCGAGCACGCCAUAACGUGCGCAGAAUUUGGCCGAUUCCACUACUUCUUGUUGGCGCUAUGUGGUCUCAUCUACAUGAACUGCGCCAUAUCCGUGAGCGUCGUGUCUUUCGUCCUGCCUUCGGCACAAUGCGAUUUUCAACUGAGCUCGUCGGACAAAGGUCUGUUGAACGCCGUCCCGCUUUUGGGAAUGCUCCUGGGAGCGUACUUUUGGGGCUGUCUGGCCGAUAUGCACGGUAGAAAGAAAGCUCUAAUCGCAGCGCUACUCAUGGAUGGCCUUUUCAGCUUGCUUUCGAGCUUCCUCACAUUCUUUUGGCCAUUUUUGUUCUGUCGUUUCUUCAGUGGUUUUGGGCUUUCCGGAUACUUGGGAAUUUGUUUCUCGUAUUUGGGCGAAUUUCAGCCUAAAAUCUAUAGAGAAAAAGUGCUGUCGUGGCUGGAAAUGUUUUGGACUGUCGGCGUCAUACUGCUACCACUGGUUGCUUGGGGCAUCAUCCCGAUGACGGCCAACUACGCCAUCGGCAUACUCCGCUAUUCGUCAUGGAAUCUGUUCCUCACGUUGUGCUCGUUACCCAGUAUCCUGUUGGCCCUGUGGCUGACUAGGUUCCCGGAAAGUCCAAAGUUCCUGUUGGAGUGCGGUGAAUUCGACGAGGCGCUCGAGUGUUUGAAACGGAUUUACACGGAGAACACUGGUGAACCGGGAGAAGCAUAUCCCGUGCGAAGUCUCAUUGAGAACGAGGUCCGAUGCAGUGUGAUCAGCAUACAGUCAAAGCGUUCGUUACGGAGCAUGAAGACAGUAAAGACGCCAAAGGACCUCAAGAAUCUGCUGAAUGAGGUGUGGUACCAGACUAAAGAGAUGUUCAAACCACCACACCUGAAGAACACGUUACUCACGUGUCUCAUACAGUUCGGACUGACGUCCAGUUACUACACGCUGAUGAUGUGGUUCCCGGAGCUGUUCAACCGGUUCGAGACAUUCGAACGCCAGCAGCCCGGCGUGGACGUGUCCGUGUGCCAAGUGUCGUCCGUGUACAUAGAACACGACGGAGCACUGAACACGGUAGACUUGUGCGGGUCGGCGGUUGGCGAAUCCGUAUACACCCACACCCUGUGGAUCGGCAUAGCGUGCAUACCCACGUCACUGUGGAUGCCUCUCUGCGUGCACCGGCUUGGCGCCAAGUUUUUCUUAGUGAUGUGCUUAUUCGUGUCCGGAAUUGUGGCCGCCGCUCUGUACUUCGUGAAAAACUCUCUGCAAAACCUCAUACUGUCGUGCCUGUUCGAAGCAUUCAGCGGACUUGGAAUCAGCGUAUUGCUGUGCAUCAUGGUCGAUCUGUUCCCCACCAACAUGAGAGUAAUGGCAGCCGCGGCUUCAGCGACGUUCGGUCGCCUGGGAUCACUGAUGGCCAACAUCACAUUCGGACUGCUCAUCGACUCACAUUGCAUCCUGCUAAUCAUCAUAUUCAGCUCGUUGUUGAUAAUAAGCGGUCUGCUCUCUUUGGCUCUCCCAAACGGCAACGAUAAAGACUUAGACUAG